AUAAGCUCAUGGUGCUUCACAGUCAGACAGCCUCAGCAGUGAAGAACACUUCACAUCAAGAGGAGCCUCAUCACUGCUAGAUAAACUCUAAAAAAAAAAGUCACUAUUCGCCACAAGGAUGAAUUCUGCGAUCCAGUUCAUCGUUCUUCUGGCCUGCAUCACCAUCUGCACCUCUGCAAGCAUUAAGAAAUGCCACUGUGUGAAGACAGACAAAGCAGUGAGGCCCAAACUCAUCGCUCAUGUCAGAGAGCAUAAACCACGUCCAUACUGCAACGAACAUGAAGUAAUUGUCAUUCUGAAGGAUAAAAGCAAGCUCUGCCUUGACCCAGACUCAGAAUUCACUAAAAGAGUUCUGGAAACAAUAAACAGAUCAAAUAAAAAAACAGACAAGAUGGACACAGUCAAACCAGAAACAACCACUGCAGCAACCACAACCUCUGCAGCAUCACUAUAACAUGGUUAUGCAUCACUGCUGGAACAUUUGCACAAUGGGAGCCACUGUUUGUGAGGUUUCUUUCUGCACAAGGAGCUUGGAGUUGUCAUAAAAUCUUGGCACACUG